UCAGGUGAGAACAAGAACUUGUUAGAUGGUCUCUACCUUGCAGAACAGCCGCGGAAGGUGACAGGCAUCUGUCUUCAUGAGCUGGAAAAAGUCAUUCGUGGUUCUUCCACUGAUGACUGCAAAGGAACCAGGAGCAAUCUGCUGCAUGUGUGGCUGAGAGCUGUGAGGUCUCAACCUGUGUGUGGAGAGAGUAUCACGGGUACACCACUGGGUGAUGAACACCAGAAAAACUACGUUAAACCAAGUGGGAAAGCUCACGUCGCCAUCCAUCCAAGAUGGACUUAACUCAGUGACCGCGACAUGUGACACUGACAAAAAUUCCAAAAUAUUUUAAUUAGACAACCUUCGAAAGUGUAAAAUGGAAAGUAUGACAACACUCAGCUCAACCACUGAGCAGCAAUGUGAACAAGAUGAUAUGACUGUUGACUACAUCGUCUUUUCAGCCAGCAUCGCAGUUUUGCUUCCAUUUUUAACUUUCGGCAAUGUGCUGACGAUUCUUGCUGUCCUCGUCACACCACAGUUUCGCACUCUCACGUACCUUCACGUCGCCAACAUUGCGGUUGCUGACUUCUUGGUGGGUGUGGGCUGCGCCUUGGCCGGCGCCAGAUCGUUGACAUCGCUUCUGUGCCUCAUCCCCGACAGAGUCUUCAUCAUCGUCGCUCUCUCCUACAACUAUUUUGCAGCCACGGAGUCGCUCCUCGGUUUGUUGCUCCUGGCCCUGGAGAGGCUUGUGUACAUAGUGUAUCCCUUCCUCUACAUCAAACCCGCGACCGGAAGGGUCUUCAAAUGCGGCAUCGUCCUCUCCUGGGUCUUGUCAUUAACGAUGGGAGCCCUGACCGGAUACUUCGAGCAGGAUUUCUCUGGCAAUUGUGUCGAUGAGGAGGACUUAGGAAGAGAUCACUACCACAUAGCAAUGCCAGGCGUGUUUUUGUCCGCUUCAGUGGUGUCCUCCCUUUGCUACAUAAAGAUCGUUCUUGUCUCCCGCCAACAGCAACGACGAGUCGCUGAACAGACGACACGUCCGUUGUCACACGUGAACUUCAAGUCGGUCGGUGUGUUCUUCGUCAUCAACACCAUAUUUAUCGUGUGCUGGCUGCCGUAUGUUGUGGUAGUUGUGCUUUGGGGAUGUGAGAAUUCGACACUCCAGACAAGAGCCUUCCUGUUCAUGUUGGGGUCCAGCACCUCCGUCUGUAAUGUUGUCAUCUAUUCCUGGAAGAUCAAAGCGUUUCGGAAAGUCUGUGUGCGUUUACUGCGCUGUCAAUGUCAACAUCGAUGACUGUACGGUUUGCCCCGUGUAUGAAGACGAUUGUACACACACACACCUGACAGGUUAUUAUGUGACUUCUCGUCUCUCUACGUUUAUUAUUAUUCAUUAUAAAAGUGUAAAAUUUUUAUGAAAUUGCGUUAUGUAUAAAUUUAAUUUAUGAUUGUUGUUAUUAUUUAUUUAAAAUAACAAUAUCGAUCUUCAAUAACAGCAAUUAAUACUUUAAAACACAUAUGCAAAGGUCAAUAUUAUAUUUUAAUCAGAACUUUGACAAAGUUCACACACACGCACACACAUACGCUCGCUAGCUCCCGUACAAGCAUAACAUUUCUAAUACUGUCGAG